CUUAGGCCUCUUUGUAUACGUUCUUCCCUCCCUCAAAUCUCAAGGUAACUUGCCUGCAUCUUCUCUCCUUCCUUUUUGCCAACCAAACGCUCCUUUGACUUUCCUUCGUACGAUCUUUUUCCCUCUUAAUACAUACUUGGUCCUUUGCAUCGCCAUCUCGCGCCCGGUCCAAAACCUCGCACCUCGCCCCACCCUCCUCGGCCGCACGUUUCAUGCUCUGCGAGUUGGGCAGAAGUGGUUUUCCAAAUUGGUGACUGGGCGUACGUUCCUAGACUUGGGCCUGGACGUAUCGACAAGGCAUUGACAGCGGGCGGAGUGGUCUUUUUUUUUCUGAAUAUCUGCAUAUCUAUCACCAAUACUUGCCACGGCCAUCCGCCACGUCACUCCAACACUGCCCGACUGCGGCAAUUGCGAUCUAUCCUGCCAGAACUCUCAGACUCAUUGGCGCAAGAUUGUCCGAUCGAGUCACUAACCCGGUUUCUCAUUGUCGGAUCGAAGGCGUGGUGCUGGGUGGCUGCAGUCUGCGGCAUAUUAUAGUCACUGGGCCGGCCGUUGACGAUCGACACUCCACAUUGAACACUACCCUCUAGCCUCGGCGGCAUACCUCACAGCAGUUGUGCUUGGUUGCAUGAGGAGACAUAAAUUGUCUAUUGUCAAAGGGUGGCAACCAGAGGAAAAGGAGGGUACUAUCCCGUUGGCCGCAAUAUAUCGCACUACGGUUUGCGCGGAGGCUUGCUCAUCAAUUCAUCACCCUGGCGCCGAACACACGAGUUGUCUUUCCUUAAAUGGACGGCAAUGACCGUCGACGUACGCAGUAUGGACCACCAUACCAAACACCAACUCAGCCACUGCCAUUACCAGGCCAGCCUAUGGGACCUCCGUCUAGUGAUCGGUAUGCGCAAACAGCCACCCCUACUAGGAGUGACACGGGCUCAUCUGCAUUGACGCCUCGACCAUAUGUCCCAAGUUAUCAGGGCUACGGAUUCCCCGAGCAACAGUAUGGCGCUCCGCAGAUGCAGGGCAGUAGUCCGAUGCAAGGCGUCCAAAUGCAGUACUCGCCCGCUUACGUUCAAGAGGCGUCCAGACAAGCAUCAGUCACUCCUUCGCCUUCGCAACAACAGCAGCAACAGCAGCAAUAUGGACAGUUUGCGCAGGGCACCAUGCUUCGUCCUGUUGGCGGGCAGUCCAUGUAUGACAACAUUCCAUAUUCGCAACGGCAGGCGCUUGAGGUUAUGGCGAGCCAAUUUGCGGUACCGCAGUAUAUGCCCCAGGGAGAUCAGGCAGCGCUGGCAGGAGUUGGGCCUAGUUCGUCACAGUAUCUGACGACACAGGCAGAACAAAGCAUAUAUGGCACUGUACCAACAACGCGUGCUCCGGUUCCCUCAACCUACCCAGGCGGUCAGGUUGAAUUCCCCCAGGUCCCGCAGCGACAACGGUCCGAAAGUGACGCGCCUCGGGACAGUAAGCACGAGGUGCUGCAAGAGAGUCUGCGAGAAUAUAGACAGGGGGUCAGAAGCAUUUUCGACCUCAUCAUCGCAGGUAGAGUGAUUGAAGCAAGCGAGAAAAUCCUCGCCGCCACGCGUUGGCUAGUGAACUCUGUGGACGCCCUCGGACUGCAUCAUGACGACGAAGCCAGUCACUCGGAUCGAAUCGAGCUGUGGACAGAGCUAAAUCUCUGCUGGGAAGCCCUUGGUCAAAAGCAGAAAGAACUCACAGAAGAGGCAGUGCGAACAACUAGGCUUUCUGAGAACAUGCUCUCUAGCGAGAAGAUGACAAAUUUGGUCGACGAGCUCAUCGAUUUGUGUGAUCAGAUUGAACAAUAUGGAUUGGUCGACUUCGAGAUGGGUAUUUGGGAAGAACAAAUCACUCACAUCUUCACGGUCUGCUUGGAUCUUCUCCCUGGCGGUGGUACCACGGGUCAAUCUGAUCGACAACAAGCUGGCUCGAGUUGAUCAAACAAAGGCUCGCAAAUGAGUCGGUGGAACAACGACCUUCUGCAAUUUUAUGAGAAUACGACAUGAUCAUAUUAAUUACCACCUUCGGACUCUCUCUUUUGUUGGCACAACCUCUUUUAUUUGCCACUGGGAUGACUUUUUAACACCUUUUACUGCAUGAUCUAUGAUUUGUAUGAGUACGAGCACCACGCUUUUCAAAUCACCACGAUUGUAUGAUUACGAAAAUGUUCGGGAUGGGAUAAGUUGCCAGGAAGGGAGAAGAAAGAUUCCAUGGCUGUGUCCGAUUUACAACCAAAGUUUGGCAUGUCGAGGAUAGACGUGCGAGAAAAUGGGUGGUCAGCUUGAAUAUUUUCACUUCAGUUUCUCUUGUUUUUUUUGUUCUGCAUUUUUGUUCUUGUUGUAUUACUCUCUCUUGGGAUGCCAUCUCUUCUCUCAUGUUUUUCUUUUUUUUUUAUAGAGCGGAUGCAUGUAUUGUAUCAUUGUUUUGCAAAGUUGUGCUGUAUUCGUACGAGUUGAACCACCGAAGGCUUUACCGCACGUCUUCAGUUUCUGUCACCCUUUUUUUCAUUGACUAGCUCGAAUGUUGUUUUCAUUCUUUAGCGGCAGUGCUCGUGGGCAAGCGAUGAUGAUGAUGGGAAAAUGAGAUGGGCAGGCAAGGCUCGGACUGAUUUCGAUCUGUCAAUUCUGAGAUGGGGGAAUGUCAGCAAAUGGGCAGUACCGGGUACUUGUUCUCAUUUGUGCCUUGUUUCUUCUUCUCUGCCAUUUCCGAAAAAAGAAAACCGAGUGUGAUGUGUCUGGUGUGUGUUGUCAACAAGGGGGAAAGGGGGAGGAGAAAGGAGAUGCCUCCCCCUCUGACGUCUGACUUGGAAUGGAUUAUUAUACAAUACAGGAUGGAGUAACGAGGUAUAUCCUAGUGCGUG